AUGGGAACGACAAAUGGAGACGAUGAGCAUACGGAUAGUACGUAUCUUGUUAGAAAUCUGUACAGUGAGCAAGAAUUGAAAAAGGUUACACAGGAUUAUAUAUGCGAAAAAAUAAGAGACCAAAACAUUUCUGAAAAUGUUCAGUAUUCCAAUAUUCGAAUCAUUCUAAGCUUAAUGCUUAUUUUAAUAGGAUCUUAUUGCACCAUUUUUGUGCAAUAUAAAAAGGAACCACUCUUCAUGAUCAAAUUGUUGGUUACCUUUUUUAUCAUUUCAGUUAUUUUGUUCAUUUGGGAAUAUCUAUUUUUCGAAGACACUUUUAUGAUUUUGAAAACGAAUAAUGGUGGAACAGUUAUGCUGUUUUUUGAGCUGGAUAUCCACAAGAAUUCUCUUCGAUUAGCAUAUAAAUUGAAUAAACAGGUACACGGCACGUUUUUUGAGCUUCGAAAACUCUUUAAUGAAAAUGGUUAUCUGGUUGAACAGUAUGCAGACAGUACAUUAAAGAAAUUCAUUUCUGAUCAUGGUGGGAUUUUCAAAUUAAAUGAUAACAAGAAAAAAGCCUAG